AUGGAGACGAUAUCGCUGUCGGAUAAGGUCGACGGGCAAGGCGCGUCUGCGACGGACGACGACGACGGCGACGGCGACGGCGACUCGCAGGCGACGUCGCAGCUGACGACGGAGAAGCAGCCGACGGAGGCGAGCGAUUUCGACGACAAGUCGGACGACGAAAUGGAGGCGAAGCCCGGAGGAGAGAGAGUGCUGAGCGCGGAGGAAGUGGAGCGCGUGCGAAUGAUGCUGACGAUCGUGGGCGACCGCGAGCGACGGGAACUGGAGGCCAAGUAUCCGGAGCUGAAGCAACAGCCGCUGCCGCGAGACGCGAGCAACAAGGAGGAGGGCGACGACGAUGACGACUCGCCGCCGCGACUCAUCGUGCCGGUCGGGCGGGAUCUGGUACGCCGCUCUGCUCCGGUGCUUGCUCGCCUCCGUCUGGAGGCAACGCUGGGCGACAAUCCCUUCAUGCUCGAUUUCGGCAUCCGCAGCUGCGCCUUCUCCUACAGCCACUUCGUCGGCAUGCGACGAAUCAAAGCCUUCUCCGAGCCCGAUGCCUCCGCGCGCUCGUACAUCGCGUCCACGUCAGCAAAGAUUCGAGGCAACGCGGUGGCGAUUAAAGACAAGCUCGAGGAGAAUUGGCCGAAGCUGCAGGCGUCGCUCGCAGCCGCCAUCGGCGAGUCACUGACUGCCACGUGGCAGUGGGUGAAGGAACACAAACCGACGGGUUUGCCCAUUCCGGGCGCGCCGAAACCGGAAGGGGGAGCUGCGGAGAAGGGGGAAGGGGAGGGGGAAGGGGAAUCAGGGAAGGAGAAUGGUACUGUAAGCGGGGGAGCGGAGGGCGAAGGAGGGGAAGCAGCAGCGGAGGGGAAGGUCGGGGAGGCAGAAAGCGGGGACGCAGCGAGAGGAGGGGCGGAAGCGAGAAGCACAGAAGGAGCAGAGGAGGUUACGAUCGUUACAGAUGAAAGCGGGGAAGGGGAGACGAAAGCGGCAGAAGCGAAACAAGGGGAAGGAGCGAGCGAAGAGAGUCGCGUAGAGGAGAGAAAGGAGGAAGUGUUAGACGAGCGGGAGAGGGCGAGGCGCGCCAAGGAGGAGGAGCGGCAGGUGAAGGAGGAGGCGGCGCGCAAGGAGGAGGAGGCGCGGCGGGAGCUGGAGGCGCUGGUGGCGCGCAUGGAGAAGUGGGAGAUCCUCUUCCGCAACCCCUCCCUCGCCAGCGCGCCAGCGCAGUCCCUCCAGUUCGCCUGCAACGCCGCAGGCCUGGCUCUGGUGCACCAGAAGCUCGCCACGUGGCAGCAGGUGGUGCUCUCCCCCGCCGUGCUGCUGGACGCCUCGCUGGCCGUGAUUGUAGCGAACGGAGGAACAGUGCCCGAGAACAAGGGCUACCAGCCGUCCUUCCCCUUAGAAGCACAGAAGAGCGACCGGGGAGCGGGGAAAGGGGAUGAGAGUGCGGGGAAGGAGGGGCAGGAAGGGGAGGGGCAGGGGAGUGCGAUACGGUGGGGGUCGGCAGUGAUCAGAGGGCACUACCUGCCCAAGAGAAUAGGGGAGUCGCUGCUGCUGUCACCACAGAACUUCAUGGCGCUGGCGGUGACGCUGCCUGCUCGCCUGCGCACGUCCCCCUGGAGAUUGCUCUACUCCACGGCCAGGGAUGGCAUCAGCAUGGCUACACUGUUUCGGAAGAUCAAGGGCAAGGGCUCGUGUCUGCUGGUCGUGCGUGACUCGAAUAAAUACGUGUUUGGGUGUUUCACCAACGAGGAGUGGCGUCCCAUGGACCGCUACUAUGGCAACGGGGAGUGCUUCGUCUUCCAGGUGCAGCCGGAGUGUGUGGCGUACAGGUGGGCGCGCACCAACAGCUACUUCAUGCUCUCCAGCAAUGCCAUGCUCGCCGUGGGGGGCGGCAACCACCACAGCCUGCUGCUGUAUGCUGACCUCCUCACAGGCGCCAGUGCCCCGUGUGACACCUUUGGCAGCGCCAUCCUUGCCAGCUCGGAGGAGUUUGAGGUGGCACAGGUGGAGGUGUGGGGCUUUAAGUGA